GCUUAAUUAGAGUAUCCCAUUGCGACAGAAACGGGUCACCUUCCCCUCGUCAACCGCAAAGGCGCUGAGCAGUUUUCAUCAGCCAUUUACCGUCAUCUCCUAUUGCGGUCACUCACCGGUCCCCUUUGCGGCAGCUUUAGCGCGUACAUCUGCGCUUCCCCGGUAUUCACCCCUCUUGCAGUGCAAUUCGACGCGUGUCUUCUCCCGUCUGCCACCUCCCGGUUCGCUAUUAGCCUCAUACUCACCAAGUUACAGCCAGAUCAAAUCUGUAUACCCACAUGGCACGGUCGAGCGAUACCAAGCAGGCUCUACUGCUGAACCCGGAGUUCUGGACGCCCAAGCAGCUCGAAGAGUGGCUUAAACGUUUCGAGGACGGUCGAUAUGCGCGCUUUGUUGGCCCUUUAAAGGGCCGCAAAGGGGCAGAGGUCGUGCGCUUUACGGCCGCCGACUGGGCAAAACUUAACCCGCCGGACCUGGCUACGAGCCUCCGCUUCACGCUGUUGGGCAUGGUACAAGUGGCUACGAACGACGAUACGCUGGCCAUCGUGACGGACUUUGUGCCGCUCGCUAGUUCGCCCGGAAAAGUCAAACGGGAAUCGCCCCAAAAGACGGUGCCAGUCAAGUUCCCGCCGAUGGUGGAGCUUCCCUCAGUUCCGGUGUUGAUCUGUACCGUGCUCUUUGUUAUUCUAACAAUUCUUUGCUUCACGGUUCUGCGUGGGCCUCUCGCUGAUAUCGGCAUUGACUCGGAGAAUCUUGUGAAAUAUGGAUCCAUCCCGCUCGUCAGUGUGGUGUUCACGUACUUCCACAUUUGGGUGGCUCUGUGGAUGACCUUCUACCCGCUCGAGUACACAGGCUGCUUGCAGAUUCCAGACACUAAUACGGGCUUCGGAUGGCAAGGAAUCGUCCCGAACAAGGGAGAAAAAAUGGCUCGACAGGCUGUGCAGAUCAUGACGCAUCAGCUUCUGCAGGUGUCAGAAGUGUUCGCGAAGAUUGAACCAGCACAGGUGGUUAAGGAACUGGAGCCUAUUCUGUUCAACACAAUUCAUACGGUCGUGGAAGACAUGGCACUGAAGUACAGUCCCGAGCUGUGGGCUGUACUGCCGACUAAGGUGAAGGAGGAGAUUGUCGAGAAGGUGAAGGAAGAAUCACCCGCUCACAUUGAGGCACUUAUGGACGAGAUCCGCAACAAUAUUGAAGAUGUAUUCGACUUGGAAGACAUGGUAGUGACCAAUAUGUGCAAGGACAAGCAGCUUCUCGUCAACAUGUUCGUCACCUGCGGUUACUCGGAGCUGGCCUUCAUCCGUAACUCAGGUGCGUACAUGGGAGGAAUCUUUGGUCUCAUGCAGAUGGGUAUCUGGUUCGUGUACUCGGACCGCAUCGUGGUGUUCCCGGUCAUUGGCUUACUGGUUGGUACUAUCACCAACUGGCUUGCUCUCAAGAUGAUCUUUGAGCCGGUGAACCCCAAGCGAUACUGCGGUAUCACGUUCCACGGUCUAUUCCUCCGUCGUCAAAAUGAAGUUGCCGAGGUUUACGGAAAGAUGGUUGCUCGUGACGUUCUGAACUCACGCAACAUUUUCGAGGCCAUUCUGAAGGGCCCGUACUCUGAUCGCCUCUUUGAGCUUGUGUACGACAACGUCCAAGAAGCAGUCAACGCUGCCACUGAAACUACGCAAAAGAUCAUUAACUUCAGUAUUGGUGAGGAGAUGUACGCCAAUAUCAAGGAGGAUGUCACCAACCACAUCGUCGAAAUCUUCCCGGACAGUCUGCGCCAGAUCGAGAGCUACGCUACGGUCGCUAUGGAUUUGGAGGUUACACUCCGCGAGAAGAUGAAGCUGCUGACUUCGGAGCAGUUCGAAAAUCUGCUUCACCCCAUCUUCGAGGAGGAUGAGUGGAAACUCGUGGUAAUGGGCGGCGUGCUAGGCGUUGCGAUCGGCGUUGUCCAAGCUUUCCUGAUCAAUCACUAACAAGCCCCUUGUUUAAGUUAACGCAUGGGUUCUGUCGUAGAUGAAGGACCGUUCAGACCGACAAGUUGUGCGAUGGCUAAAAGGUACUUUGAUGCUUGAGAUGGAUAAAUUAUCAAUUCACGUGUAUUCAUUUGAUUUCGCUCU